UGCAGUCAUCAUAAGACAUCCCAUAUGCGAUCUGUUUUAGCCGAGCACCGAGUGAUCGAGCAGAUUGUACGGUUCAAGCUAACGCAAGGUUAAAUGUGAUCUGCCGCGUCGAUCAUGAGGUUGUUAAAAUACCUGGUGACCUUGGAUUAUUUUAUUCUGUGUGCUCAAGCGCAAGAUGAUUUGAUGCUUCCAAAUGAACGUUUCACUCUGGACGAUUGCCACCUUCGAUAUCACCGAUUUCCGAUCUCGUGGAGUGGAGGAGCAGCUUACGGUCAACCAGCACGACUGAAGGAAUUCGCUCACAUUGGCGCCAUCGGCUGGAUCGGUUUCAACGGCUGCCCAUUGUGCAGUGGAUUCUAGUGGUGAGAAACCUGAUGUAGUUAGAUUUGGUGAUCUGAAUAUCUAUAGCUCUGAUGACGACGAGUAUGCGCAACAGCUUAGAAUUGUCAACAUUAUUAGACACCCCAAACAUAGAUAUGCUGCUUAAUACCAUGAUAGUGCAUUGAUGAAGCUGGAGAAAAAUGUUACGUAGUCUCCAUGACACAGUAGCUCCAGCUUGUCUGUGGAUUGACGAGGAGGUCAGAUUCAAAACGUUAGAAGCUGCGGGCUGGGGCCGAAUAGGUUUUGCCGAUGAACAAUCACCCGUACUGCUGAAGGUAGCCCUCAAGCCAAUCAAUAACGAAGAGUGUGGUAAAACUUAUACGAACGAUACCAAUCACAAAUUGGGACUUGGGCUUCGGGAUCAUCACAUCUGUGCUGUGGAUAAGAAAAUGGAUACUUGUGAGGGUGACUCAGGAGGCCCUCUGCAAAUUAAACUGUUGCACAACGGAAGGGUAACCCCCUUCAUUGUUGGAGUUACAUCGUUCGGAACGGUUUGUGGCACUGCAGCUCCUGGCGUAUACACCAAGGUUGCUUCCUACCACGACUGGAUCAUUGGUACAAUGCAGAGUCUCGGGGAAAAUGUGAACGAAUUCACUUACAAUGCCACGUUUUGUGCACUGCGGAAUGUACUUUUGCGCGAAUUUGAAGAUAUCAUUAUUAGCAGUGGAACUGAUUCGUAUGUUUCGGUUGACUUGCAACAAAUGCAUGUGAAAACUGCAUCUCUUCCAGGCUACGUAGCGAAACUUGCAUGGCACUCUGGAGGUCGUGAUGACUGUUACGGAGCAAUAAUUGAUGAAACUACGGUGAUGACAUUGGCUGAAUGCGUUUUUCAUAAUGGGCUCCCAACAACAACAAUAUCGCACGCUUAGCCUUGGGGCUAAUAGCGGUCUCGAUCAACUAGAUUAGUUGAGAGAAUUCGUUAUCGAUAUUGUUUUUGGCAUAUUUUGUAUGUGUAGGAUAAGUACAACGAUACACCGUGCCCCAUUUCCAGCUCGAAAAGAUCCUCGACUCGAUCGGGAAUCGAACCCGAUAUCACAACCGUGUGGGAAGCUAGCCGACCGACAUCGCUAACCACAGAGCCACGGGGACCAAGGCUCCCAGUAGAUCAUAUUUUAUAUUCAAAAGAUAAAGAGAUGAACGUUUCCAAGUUUCACAUUCACCCUGAAUAUACUGAAGGAUCUGGGUAUAAUAACAUUGUAAUUCUGUCACUGAAGCAUUUGCUGGAUGUUCAUCAAAUUCAACCGGCAUGCAUUUGGCACCAACAAGAGUUACCAUCGAAGGAGGUGCACUUUUUUGGGACUGGUAGAAGAGAUGUGAAUGGCUUUGUAGUUAAACAACCCUCGAUUGACUCUUCAAUAACGCAUCUCAGACCACGUGUAGCUGUUCAGAACUCGUCAUCAUGCAUUAUCUCCGAUCAUAAACAGAUUAAAAACCGGAUUGGUUAAAGAACAUUUUUGUAUUGGAAAGGAUUUUUUUCUGGUGCCAAAAUCGUGUGACAUAUUGAUUGGUGGUUCCAUUGAUAAAUCUGUAUGGCGCGCUAAUUAUGCAUAUCCUUUAGUUUACGGAUUAGUGCAAUUUGGAAGAGAUUGUGGAUUUGGGGAACACACCAUUGCAACUGCAUUUGCUACUCAUCUUGAAUGGAUGAAAUCGGUACUCUUGGAUAAUCAUAACGGACAAAAUGAUAAGUUUCAGUUCUUAGAUCAUGAACUACACGAAGGCGAUGCUUGUGUGGACCGGUUGAUAGUAUUCCAUCGACGCGUGCUAGCGAUGUUCAAUUCGGACUGUCAGAGAACGAACGCUUAUCAGUUGCCAGAAAGUCAGCUCUGUGUGCGAGAUCCUCUGAAAAAGCCCACCUGUUCGGGAUUGCCCAGCAUACUACACUGGCAACGGAGCGAUGGAGUUAUAUUUGUGGUUGGCUUAUCAACAAUUCUACCUGAUUGUGAUGAGCGUUAUUAUAUGAUAUUCACCAGAUUUUCAGCCAAUUCGCAAUGGAUCAGUAAUAUUCUUCUUCGUGAGUGAAAUUAGCGGGUGAUUUUUCACAUAACGUAUACUCAGCUAUAAUUAUUAGAGCUCUUAUUGUAACGAAAAUAUGAAGCAUGUAAUAAAAAUGAAUAAAUGAG